CCAAAAAAAUAGAAAGGAAAAAAAAGAUUUUAGGGUUUUGGAUGUGAGCCGUGCGGGCAACACGGGCAGCUCCGAGUUGCUGCCAGUUAACUCACUUAUAUUCAACUCCUAUUCCCCUAACCCUUGCUCCCGCUUAUAUAUUCCAUUCGAAAUCAGCUUCUUCUUUCUCUCUCAUACUCAAUUACAUACUUUUGGUGUUUCACUCACUCUAAUCUGUAUAAUUGUUUCCAUCAAUACAACUGUGGAAGCAUAAGGGAAGAAGUUUAGAGUUGAACUCCGCGGAUUUCAGUUCAGAAGGGAAAAACCUAGCUGCUGCCACUUCAUCUCCUAGUUAUAAUUAAGGAAAAAUGUCAUUUGAUAUUACCCAGUAUCUCUUGGCUGCACAAUCACCAGAUGCCAAAGUGCGGAAGGAUGCAGAGGCUAUACUCUGUAAGUUUCGGGAGGAAAACUUGCCACAAUAUCUUUUGUCAUUGUCCGUUGAGCUCUCUAAUGAUGGAAAGCCUAUCGAGUCUCGUAGACUUGCUGGUAUUGUCCUUAAGAACGACUUGGGUGCUAAAGAUUCUUCAACAAAGGAACAGCCUGUGCAACUAUGGGUUCAGAUUGAUAUUUCUUUUAGAGCCCAAAUAAAGAACUCUCUCUUGAGCACCCUCGGGUCCACUUUUCGUGAGGCCAGUCAUACUGCUGCGCAGGUUGUUGCUGAGGUGGCUUCAAUUGAAAUACCCCGAAAGGAGUGGCCCGAACUUGUUGGUUCACUACUUGCCAACAUGACUAGACAAGAUGGAUCCCCAUCCUUGAGACAAGCUACUCUUGAAACACUUGGUUAUGUAUGUGAGGUUAUUUCUGAUGAAAAUCUUGUGCAAAAUGAAGUGAAUGCUAUUCUGACAGCUGUUGUUCAAGGAAUGAAUACAACUGAGCCGAACCCUGAAGUUCGACUGGCUGCCACUAAAGCUUUGUAUAAUGCCCUUGAAUUUGCUCGCACAAAUUUUAACAAUGAAAUGGAGAGGAACUAUAUAAUGAAGGUUAUCUGUGAUGCUGCCUUGGCUAAAGAGGCAGAGAUCAGACAGGCUGCUUUUGAGUGUCUUGUUUCCAUUGCGUCUACAUACUAUGAGGUGCUUGAACCUUACAUGCAAAGGAUCUUUGAGCUUACAUCUAAUGCAGUCAAAGGAGAUGAGGAGGCCAUUGCCCUUCAAGCAGUAGAGUUUUGGAGCUCUAUUUGUGAUGAAGAAAUGGAGCUUCAAGACUAUGAGGUCCCUGAAAUUGGGGAUUCAAGUGUGGAGCACUCACGCUUUAUUGAAAAGGCUCUUCAGACUUUAGUUCCUCUUCUGCUUGAGACCCUUCUUAAGCAGGAUGAGGACCAAGAUCAGGAAGAUGGAACUUGGAAUCUAGCUAUGGCUGGUGGCACAUGUCUUGGUCUUGUUGCUAAGACUGUUGGGGAUGCUGUUGUUACUCUGGUGAUGCCUUUCGUAGAGGCCAACAUAUCCAAGCCUGAUUGGCGGUCCCGUGAGGCAGCUACGUAUGCGUUUGGUUCAAUCCUUGAAGGGCCAAGCAUUGAGAAGCUAUCUCCAAUGGUUAAUGCUGGUUUAGAUUUUCUGCUCAAUUCAAUGAAUGAUGAGAAUAGCCAUGUAAAAGAUACCACGGCAUGGACCCUUGGUCGUAUCUUUGAAUUGCUACAUUCACCAGCUACUGGUUUCUCUGUCAUUACUCCAGCAAACCUCCAGAAGAUUUUGGCAGUCUUAUUGGCUAGUUUAAAAGAUGCUCCUCAUGUCUCAGAAAAGGUUUGUGGAGCUAUCUAUUUCCUUGCUCAGGGAUACGAGGAUGCAGGGCCAAGCUCUUCAAUGCUCACACCUUUCCUUCCAGAUAUCUUGAGCAGUUUAAUUGCCACUGCUGAGCGAACAGACGGCAGUGACUCUAAACUCAGAUCUUCUGCUUAUGAAACCUUGAAUGAGGUUGUUCGGUGUUCAAACCUUUCAGAAACAUCUGAGAUAAUCGUCAAACUUCUCCCUGCUAUCAUGACGAAGUUGGAACAAACUUUACGUCUUCAGAUUGUGUCAUCUGAUGACAGAGAACAGCAAGGAGAUUUACAAGCCUCUCUUUGUGGCGUUCUUCAGGUUAUUAUUCAAACACUAAGCAGUGCUGAGGAAACUAAGCCUAUAAUUAUGCAGGCAGCUGACCAGAUCAUGGUACUUUUCCUAAGUGUUUUUGCUUGUCGUAGUACUACUGUGCAUGAAGAAGCAAUGUUGGCUAUUGGUGCUCUUGCCUAUGCCACUGGACCACGUUUUGAAGUGUAUAUGAAAGAAUUCUACAAGUACCUAGAGAUGGGUUUACAAAAUUUUGAGGAGCAUCAGGUUUGUGCUAUUUCAGUUGGGGUGGUUGGUGACAUUUGUCGUGCUUUGGAUGACAAGAUCUUACCAUAUUGUGAUGGGAUCAUGACACACCUCCUCAAGGAUUUGUCUAGCGCUGAACUCAACCGAUCGGUUAAACCUCCCAUAUUCUCCUGCUUUGGUGACAUUGCUCUUGCAAUUGGUGAACACUUUGAGAAGUAUAUCAAUUUUGCUUUGCCUAUGAUGCAAAGUGCAUCAGAAAUAUGUGCACAGAUGGACUAUGACGAUGAGGAGAUGAUAGACUAUGGCAACCAGCUUAGGCGCAGUAUUUUUGAGGCUUAUUCUGGAAUUCUUCAAGGUUUCAAAAAUGCCAAAGCUGAACUCAUGCUCCCUCAUGCCCCUCAUCUCCUGCAGUUCAUUGAAUUGGUUGCACAAGAUGAACAGAGGGAUACAAAUGUGACUAAGGCAGCAGUGGCAGUUCAGGGUGAUCUAGCAGAUGCACUUGGUUCGAACAUAAAAAUGCUGUUCAAAGAUACCAAGUAUUGCUCAAAUCUGUUAUCCGAGUGCCUCGAGACAGAUGACGAACAACUGAAAUCAACAGCUAUAUGGGCCCAGGAGAUGAUAAGGCGAGCAUUUUCGGAUAGUAGCUAAGCAUUUUCCUCCACUGCUACUGUUUCUCAUGCAAAUGUGCGCUCUUUUUUGUUUGUUUUGGCAAGGCCAUAUUUUCAGUGUCCUCAUAAGAUUGAGUCAUGUUUAAUCGAGUCUUGUCUAUGGUGGAUGAAGGGACUAAAACGUUGAAAUUCUUUCAUUCAUCGGCUGGUUAUAUGCCAAAUUUUUGAGUCUGGUAUGCAUUAUGUACACAACAUUGCGGUGACCUGUUAUUCCAGUUACUACUAUUUUUAUGGAAAGGUGAAAGUCAUUUAAGAGUUCGUA